UGUCUUUCUUGUCAUGUCAAGCAAAACUUUGAGUACGGGAACUCUAAGCCUCCGGUUCAUGCAAAAUGCCAGAAACAGACAGUCGGAAGGAGUACUAUUAGAAACGGCACACGUAGAAGACGACGGUCAAUGGGAGGUGGCAAAGGAGGUUCGGGAAUCUUGGGGCGUUGCGCAAUCAAAGAGUCGACCUAUCAGCUCCGAGUCCUCAUAUCUUCCCUUUCUGUUCUCAUCAUUCCCCCCGGCACCCGAUCAAGGGAACAGCAUCGCCGAUGCAGAUAUCCCCCACAGUGACUCAAAACCAUUGAAAGGGAGGAGGGUUUUCCAAAAGGGCAAAGAAGUCCAUGAACAGAUCAGGCCAGUAACCGAGGCCAACACUGCACCCCACAAUGAAGCUGGCGAUGAGGAAACGGAACGACGUGUUUCGGAUGAUGUCCAGCGCAAGGUUACUCAAUCUACCAAGGGCAAAAAGACUACAACACGUCUCACGAUGUUGAGCAAGUCCAAGUCUGGCGAAUCGGCUGGUCAAUUGAAACCUGGAAAAUCUAUCGCAAAGUCUUUGCCCACGGCCAAACUAGCCAUUUUUGACUCCUCAGGAGUCGGAACCGACCUGUCUUCUUCCACCCUUCUCUCCAGCACCACUAAAUCAGAGAAGACAGCAACCGCAUUGCCCGCUACCUUUGUGAAACCUGCUGGCGUUGAUGAUCCUCACCAAUCAAACUCGGUCGUAGCCAACGCUGCUCGCGAACGAAAGCGGAGCCUUGUUGUAGAACAAGAUGGUCCGAAACGCAAGAAGAAGAAGAAGAGCAGUUCUUGAUUUAUACCCCCAUACGGGUUUGUAGGAAUGGAAAGAUAAACAUUUCGAACUAUAGGAUACACAUUUAG